CUGCACCGCAGCAUCAGGCGAGCGCUAUCGGCGCGCGCCAGCGAAACGAUCGCCGUCUCGUUCGACGAGAUCCGUUACAUUCCAUCCGCGAGCCCCUUGAGUCAGCAGCAGCAGUCAUCAUGCGCGAGAUCGUGCAUCUUCAGGCCGGACAGUGCGGCAACCAAAUCGGGGCGAAGUUCUGGGAAGUCAUCAGCGAUGAGCACGGCAUUGACCCCACAGGCACGUACCACGGUGACAGUGACCUGCAGCUGGAGAGGAUCAGCGUUUACUACAACGAGGCUACAGGGGGAAAGUAUGUUCCCCGGGCGAUCCUCGUAGACCUCGAACCUGGCACCAUGGACUCUGUACGAUCCGGGCCAUUUGGGCAGAUCUUCAGGCCUGACAAUUACGUGUUUGGCCAGAGCGGUGCUGGCAACAACUGGGCCAAGGGGCACUACACAGAAGGCGCAGAGCUUGUGGACUCAGUGCUAGAUGUGGUACGCAAGGAGUCGGAGAGCUGCGAUUGUCUUCAGGGCUUCCAGCUGACGCACUCACUGGGCGGCGGCACCGGGUCCGGCAUGGGCACCCUGCUCAUCAGCAAGAUCCGCGAGGAGUACCCUGAUCGCAUCAUGAACACCUUUAGCGUGGUGCCCUCGCCCAAGGUGUCCGACACGGUCGUGGAGCCCUACAACGCCACUCUCUCUGUGCACCAGCUUGUGGAGAACACGGACGAGACCUACUGCAUCGACAACGAGGCACUCUACGACAUCUGCUUCCGUACCCUCAAGCUGACCACGCCCACCUAUGGGGACCUCAACCACCUGGUGUCGGCCACCAUGAGCGGCGUCACCACCUGCCUGCGCUUUCCUGGUCAGCUCAACGCUGACCUCCGCAAACUGGCAGUCAACAUGGUGCCCUUCCCCCGCCUACACUUCUUCAUGCCCGGCUUCGCCCCCCUCACCAGCAGGGGAAGCCAGCAGUACCGCUCCCUCUCGGUGCCCGAGCUCACCCAGCAGAUGUUUGAUGCCAAGAACAUGAUGGCGGCAUGCGAUCCGCGCCACGGCCGCUAUCUCACCGUAGCCGCUGUCUUCCGCGGCCGCAUGUCCAUGAAGGAGGUGGAUGAGCAGAUGCUGAACGUUCAGAACAAGAACAGCAGCUAUUUCGUCGAGUGGAUCCCUAAUAAUGUGAAGACGGCCGUGUGCGACAUCCCGCCGCGUGGCCUCAAGAUGGCUGCUACCUUCAUCGGAAACAGCACGGCCAUCCAGGAGCUCUUCAAGCGCAUCUCUGAGCAGUUCACGGCCAUGUUCCGCCGCAAGGCCUUCCUGCACUGGUACACGGGAGAAGGUAUGGACGAGAUGGAGUUCACCGAGGCUGAGAGCAACAUGAACGACCUGGUGUCCGAGUACCAGCAGUACCAGGACGCUACGGCCGAGGAGGGCGAGUUCGAAGAGGAGGGAGAAGAGGAGGUUGCCUGAGCCACGCCCACCACCCACCC